CACGCGCACAUGGCUCACGCGGGAAAGAAACGCAAACUGGACCAGACGCGUCCGGACCGAGUUUAUCAGGACCGGGUUUAUUUCGACAGUUACAGCGACGUGUCCAUCCACGAGGAGAUGCUCGCGGACCGCGUGCGCACGGGCGCGUACAGGAGCGCGAUCCUGAGGAACAGCGCGUCCAUCCGGGGCAGGACGGUCCUGGACGUGGGCGCGGGCACCGGGGUCCUGAGCGCGUUCUGCGUCCAGGCCGGAGCCAGGAGGGUUUACGCGGUGGAGGCGAGUUCUAUCGCGGAGCAGGCGCUGAAAAUAGUGAAACAGAACAACAUGGAGACGCAGAUCCAGGUGAUCCGGGGCGCGGUGGAGGCGGUGGAGCUCCCGGAGCGCGUGGACGUGAUCGUGAGCGAGUGGAUGGGCUACGCGCUGCUGCACGAGUCCAUGCUCCAGUCUGUGCUUUACGCGCGGGACAAGUGGCUGCGGCCCGGGGGCCUCCUCCUCCCGAGCAGAGCGGAGCUGUUCAUCGCCCCCGUCAGUGACCCGGUGGUGGAGGAGCGGCUGCGCUUCUGGUUCACGGUGAAGGAGCAGUACGGCGUGGACAUGUCCUGUAUGCGCGACUUCGCCAAGUCCUGCAUCAUGAACUCGGACAUCUCCGUGAGCCCCGUGACCGUGGAGGACGUCCUGUCUCACCCCGCGCGCUUCGCGGAGCUGGACCUGGACACUCUGACCCCGGAGGAGCUGCGGGAGGUCAAAGGUCACUUUAAGUGCUCGUCCUUCGGCUGCGCCUCCGUGAACGCGCUCUGCGUGUGGUUCUCGGUCUCGUUCCCGUGUCCGGACGAGCCGCAGCUGCCCGUGGUCCUGUCCACGUCCCCGUUCCACCCGGAGACGCACUGGAAACAGGCGGUGCUGUACCUGGACUGUCCCGUGGACGUGGAGCAGGACACGGUGAUCUCAGGAGAGGUGCAGAUGUUUGCGUCAGAGCGCAGCGACAGACACAUCUGCAUCAGAGUCAACUGCGCCAUCGGAGACGAGAACAGACAGAACAAAACCUUCUCCAUCCCGGACUGGAGCGCGCAGAGUUAGACUUUAAAAUGUGACAGAACUUUAAAUCCAGAGUGUUUCAUGUUUAAUGUGGCUCAGAAAACAGAAAAUGACCCUGGACGUUCAGACUUUUAACUGCUGGAGUAAA